CCAACCGUAAUGCGAGUCCGGGCCCACGCGUCAUCCACAAGGCCGUCCCUGCGCUUUGCGUGCGUCCCGCGGUUCGCAGCGCAACCGCAUCCUCUUUAUGAUAUCCCCGGCGCCAUCGGACGAGAGCGAGCAAGCGAGCCAUGGCGGAGGACGACGAUGGCGGCGGCUCCGCUGGAGUAGAGAGCCUUCGAGAAGAACCCGAGGUGAGCGCCGCUGCAUCUGAAGAUGAAGAGGAGGAGAAGGAGGAGGAGGAGGAGGAGGGGGUGGGAUUCACCUUCGCCGCCGCCGCGCAAUUCGCUGCUGCCGGUGGUGGCGAUGGCGGGGUGUUCGGCGGCGGAUGCGUCCGGCCUAUGUACUACCCGGUCUUCGGCCGGCCGCGGUCGCCGCCGCCGCCGCCGGAGGAGGAGGAGACGCCGGAGUCGGCGACGUUGCGGGUGCCGCUGGCGCAGCUCCUCCUGGCGGAGCGUGGCUCUUCCUCCUCGUCGACGCGGCAGCCGGGCCAGGACGAUCUCGAGGGGGUGUCGGUGGAGACGUACUGCCUGUGGUCCCCCGGGUCCUCGCCGCGUGCGGCGCACCCUUCUUCUUCCCCGGGGGCGGCGAGGUGCCAGAAGAGCGGGUCCACGGGGUCGGUCCUGCGGUGGCGCCAGCGGCUCGUCGGGCUCGGCCGGAGCCACAGCGACGGAAAGGAGAAGUUCGUGUUCCUGGCGGCCGACGCUGGCUCCUCCCCUGGCCGCAAGGAGGGGGCCGAUGUCUCCCCCGGCCGCAAGGGAGUUUCCGGCGGCGGCAGCGGCGGCCAUGGGUGGAGUAGCUCCUAUUACGGGAGAGGCAACAGCAGGGGAGGAUCAGGAAGCCGGAGGUCCACGUCGUCGUCGUUCCUGCCGUAUAAGCAGGAUUUGCUCGGGCUCUUCGCCAACGCCGGCGCCCUCCGCCGGAGCUAUCACCCCUUCUGAUUUUAACCGGUUUAACUGCCUCGCCGGUCGUUUUACCUUGUUUGUGGAGAUCUUAAGUUGUGACGUCGCUGACCCUGGUGUGGCUUGCUAUGCUGAUUUUUUUUUACUUUUCUUUUGAGAUUGUGAUUAUGGUGUGCAUAAAUUAAUUUUUCUUUUGCUUUUGUACAACACGAAAGAAUUUUAACAUACUUCUAGCAGAUGCUUGUGUGCAA